AUGUUAAUGGGGCAAAUGGCUACGGAGAAUGGUUCUUUGGUGACUGAGUUUGUUUUUAUGGGAUUAACAGACCAAGCUGAAUUCCAGCUGCCUUUGUUUUUUGUGUUCUUGCUGAACUAUACAGCCACUGUGAUGGGAAAUUUCAGUUUAAUGAUUCUCAUUUGUCUGAAUUCACAUCUUCACAACCCAAUGUACCUUUUUCUGUUCAAUUUGUCCUUCAUCGAUUUCUGUUACUCAUUUGUCUGUACUCCCAGAAUGCUGAUGGGUUUUGUUUCAGAAAGCAACAUCAUCUCUUAUACAGGAUGCAUGACUCAGUUAUUUUUUUUCUGCUUUUUUGUCAAUUCCGAGUGUUAUGUGCUGACAGCCAUGGCCUAUGACCGUUAUGUGGCCAUAUGUAAGCCCUUGAUUUAUGCUGUCCUUCUGUCUCCUCGGACGUGUUCUUUACUAAUGUUCGGGUCCUACUUGAUGGGGUUUGCAAGUGCCAUGGCUCACACUGGCUGUAUGAUUAGGCUCAGCUUUUGUGAUUCCAACAUCAUCAACCACUACCUGUGUGAAAUCUUCCCCCUUCUCCAGCUGUCCUGCAGCAGCACCUAUGCCAAUGAACUUGUGAGUUCUUUUAUUGCUUGCAUAGUUGUCAUUGUAUCUGGCCUUGUUAUCCUAACGUCUUAUGCUUCCAUCCUUUUAAAUAUUGUUCACAUGUCAUCAGCUACAGGUUGGUCCAAAGCCAUGGGCACUUGUGGUUCUCACAUUGUAACUGUUAGUCUAUUCUAUGGAUCUGGGCUUCUUACUUAUGUCAAACCAGCAUCCGCCAAGUCUAUAGACCAGGGGAAAUUUUUCUCAGUGCUCUACACUCUUCUGGUGCCCAUGCUGAAUCCUCUCAUUUACAGUCUCAGGAACAAGGAUGUUAAACUUGCUGCGAGGAGAACCAUGAAGAGACUCAGAAGCUGA